AUGCCCCGACAACAUGUUUCUCCGACGAGGACGAUUUCACCCGCCAUUCAGGAGGAAGCCGAGCCCCAAGAUCUUGGUCUCGACUCUCCUCAGGAAUAUCAUGCUGCGCACAAUAAUACCCGAGAGCCACACCCUGCCCCCAAUGAUGAUGUUAGAAGUGAACAGGGCGGUACCUUAGAGGAACAGAGGCCGGAGCAAGCCGCCGAUGAACCAGCACUAUCUGAUGUGAGUUCGUCAGAUGAAGAAGAUUGGUUUGAACACCAAUCUUUCGGCCAUACUUCAAUAUGGAACGGUGAAAACCCGACAGCUGUCUUUGUCGGCACGUCCCAGGGUGCUCCUGCGGAGUCGAGCGACGUCUCGCUAGACUCGCCGGAUUCAACCCUUCCGCUCCAGGAAGAAGUAAUCGCUGCGAUCAGCAGAUUAAGCAGUUCGCCCGUCCAUUUCUUGACUUCAAACGAGCCGCAAUUUUCCAACGACGGGCCUGUCGCAGACUCUUCCAGAGUGGCAGGCGACAGUACAGCAGGAUCCAUCGAGACUGAAAGUGAAGGCUUCUCCUUGUCCGACUUCCCUCCUGUACCCACUACCCAUCACACGCCCCCAAUCUCGCCUGAUCCAGAAGACACCGCUUUUUUGGCUUACCUUAGAAGCCCUGAAGCUGUCAUAGGACCUGAAAAUGACACUCUCAACUCGCUUUACGACAUUUAUUCAGGAAUUGCACCUCCUGCAGAUAUCAUCGCCGACUCCAUGCGCAAUGCCCAUCUUAGCCCACCUCCAGCGGAGCCUACUCCUUUGUCCAAUACUUCUACGCCUGCCAGCUCUCUGAGAGAGCGUGUGUUCACCCCGCCGCCUCCUGCCCGCAAGCGGUCAGGCACCAUUACGGCGGAUUCCCCUACCUCCUUGCCUUCCCCAAUUACCUCUCUCGAUUCUAUGUCAAUGGGCCGUGCCUCUCCCUUUUCUCAGGUGGACUUUAAUUCCUCUCCUGAUGGAAGCGCAAGCCACAGUGCUCCUGCCCAAGAAGUGGAAGUCUCGAGGAAGAUUCCUUUCGGUUUCAGGAAUUCAAUUUCUCUGGGGCGAACCAACCGAUCCUCGAUCAUGACCAGUCGGAAUGGGGGAAGAUCUGUUCCCCUUUCUCCUCUAGAAAAUGAAAUUCCGACCACGGAUAUGACUGCCUCCGAGCCCGAGCCAUUGUCCACGAGCCCAACGCCCGCUUCUGAGUCUGCUCCAGCUCCCAAAGGCUUGAAGCCUCUUCGACUUUCUGCUAUCUUUAAUGCUGAUUCAAAUUCACGACCUACGCUCCAUUCACGCAUGUCUACUACGUCGAUCAAUAGCUUUCGCCAAUCUGGGAAUACUAAUCGCAUCUCAAGUGUAUCAUCUAAUGGCUCAUUAUCUCACCAUCGUCUGCUCUCAUCUACGCGCUCUUCAACCAUACCCCUGCAUCUUCAUACUUUUUUAUCAACUUCGGACACUCGCUCUGCCCCUUCGCCCUCUUCACCUACAUUCCUUUCAAAUCGCGCCUCCUUUGAUGGACCACCCACGGCGCCGUUGACGUCAUGGCGGAACUCGAUGAAUUACUCUCGCCCAUCAAGUCGUUUGUCAGAACCGCUUCAUCAACUCGAUGAAGGUGAUGAAGAUGAUACCACUGGCCAAUAUCGCCGCGAUCCUUAUGACGAAACUAUUUGCAGACUAGUCUCGCAGGUGCCCCAUACGGCUCCUGUGAGUAGAGCUUCAUCGUCCCUCUACCAUCAUGCUAUUGCAACUCCGCGCCCCACUCUCAUGUUCGCCAUUGCAAGUGAUAAUGUGGAGCAAGUACGCGAAGUGCUGGAAAGCGGUGAUGCUGGUCCCAAUGACACUGUUGGCCCUCUCUCGGCGUUGGAGUUCACGUUGACAAACGACAAGCUUUCUAACAAAUUGGAAAUCGUCAAGACUCUGCUGGCGUACGGUGCCGACCCCACUGUUGCUACGAACAAGAAGGCGCCCGCCCCAUCAAGUCAAGUCGAAUUGGAGGACGAGAAACCCCAAGAUGUUCCCCCAGAGCCACCCGUGCGAUCUUUGAUGGACGAAAUGGAUCCAGCGACCAGGUACUAUGUUGAGCGGGCCGAUGCUGUCCAUACUCGGAGGACUUCUGCGCUUAUCCACCGUUCCUUCUUUCGGCCACUGACACGCGUUCGGUAUGAGCUCAUUGGGCAAGACCGGGCACUCGAACAACUCUUCAGAGUUCUAUCAAUGCAUUCUCGACAGCUAGCGGUGGCGCCGAUGGUUGUUAUGCUGUGCGGGCCUAGCGGACACGGAAAGAGUCUGCUUGCUCGGAGGUUCGGCUCGUUGCUUGACGUUCCAACACACACAGUGAAUAUGACAACCCUGAAGUCAACACACGACCUGUGGCAGUCAUACUCUAUGAGCCCAUACGAGACACCAACGACAUAUACUCUGGCUGAGUUCCUCAUUAACAACGAAGGUAAACGAUGCGUUGUUGUCCUGGAUGAAAUUGAGAAAACAGUGGACCAGAAAACCCUGUUUUCUCUUCUCAUGCCCUGGGAGCUAGGCAGAUGUGCCUUUGAAGCCAGUAGCCGUCAUAUCGAUGUUAGAAACGUCAUCUGGUUGGGAACGUCGAACAUUGGCCACGACCUUGUGUUUGAGCAUCGGGAAUCCCGGAAGAAUCCCGAAGACAUCAUGUCAAGGGAAGAAUAUGUGGAACUCAUGGCUCUUCUUCGUCCCAGAGUUUCGGAAAAGCUUGGUGCUUCGGUCAUGUCACGGAUUACCACGGUCCUGCCAUUCGUUCCUUUUACUUUGGAGGAAAAGAGGGCCAUCUGCUCUGAGGCUCUGUGUACCCUCGGCGGAGAAGCCGCACGGACAUUAUCCUCGUCGACUGUUGAGACGGUGAUCAACACUGCUUUGACUGACUACUGUGCUGUUGAAGGUGCUAGGUCACUGCAUAGGGCGAUAUCAAAUCAGUUGAUCGAUAUCAUUUGA